UUCAAGUCGCACUUUUCAUUCUGCCCAUCGAUUCAAGGUGUUUCGUGAUGUCUGAACGGAAUAUUCUGAGGAAGGAUCAGCUGGAAGUCAGCUUGCACAAUGAAAAGAAAUUGAUCAAGGAGGGCACCAUCAAGGACGACAACCCUCUUGAUCUUAGUGAGCCGUUUCGUGAGCUGUGCGCCGCUUGUCGGACUGGUGAUUUGAAAGUCUGCCAGGAAAAGAUUUCUGAAGGGGUCAAUGUUAAUGCCCGUGACCCCUAUGAUUAUACUCCACUGAUUCUGGCUAGUCUUUGUGGUCAUUUCGAGGCCGUUCAGCUUCUUCUUGAAUCGGGGGCGCUGUGUGAACGAGAUACCUUUCAGGGCGAGAGAUGUCUAUAUAACGCCUUGAAUGACCGUAUACGAAAUCUACUACUGGAAUAUGACUAUUCUAAAUCCACCGAUCCUCUCCAGCCUCUGGCUGCUCACAUAACCUCGCUUCUCACUCGGGAUCAUCCGGAGACAUCCGAUAUCCUAGUGACUGCGGCCGAUGACUCUCUCUCUUUGCAUAAAUUUAUACUGGCAGCUCGGUCUCCUUACUUCCAAAAGAAACUCGAAGAUGCCCCCGAAACGUCGACAUGGAAACUGCCCAGCACCAUCCCACCUGAAGCCUUUGGUACAGCGAUAAAAUAUCUAUAUUUUGGAGAAGCUCCUCGCGAUUUGAGAAGCGGGCCUGGGACUGGGUUUACUGAGUCGGAAGUCUUUGCGGGUAUUGACAAGAUUGCCAAAUAUCUCGAAAUCCAGACUCUAACGGAUAGUAUACUGGAUAGCGGAGACAGGAGAAUGGCCAGGCAGAGAAGAACAAUUGAAGUUUCCAAGGGCCAAGAACAGCUGGAGGGAUGGUUCCGGGCGAACGUCCUUGGGAAUAAGGUGGUUGUUGAGACUUCCAAGGUGGAUGAUGUCAAGUGGGAUCGCGGAAACACAGCUUUUGCAGAUGUUCUGCUACGAGCUGAUGAACUUCCCGAAGAGGUUGAGGAAGGCAAGAAGCCCAAGUCAACCAUUUUUCCUUGCCAUCGAGCAAUGCUUCUUCGGUCUGAGUUUUUCAAUGCCAUGUUUUCCUCGACCUUCCGGGAGGCGUCUGUUAAGGACGAGUUGAGCAUCAUCCCUGUGGACUGCUCUGCUGAUGUCCUUGAGAUCGUGCUGACGUUCCUCUAUACCGAAAAAGCCGAUUUCUCCCUGGAUAUUGCGGUUGAUGUUCUAUUCGCAGCUGAUAUGCUGUUUAUCGAGAAGCUAAAGACCAAGGCCGCGAUUGUCAUCAGCUCUCUUGGAAGUGGUGACAUGUCGCAGGCAGAAGCUGCAAAGACUCGCGGCGUUAAAGAGGAGGAUGACCUUGAUAUAUAUGCAAUUAUGCGCGCUGCCUGGUUAACACGGGUUCAACGACUGGAAACGUUUGCAGCUCGGUUCCUGGCCUAUCGACUAGAAGGUCACAUUGACUCGCCCGAAUUUGCGCAGCUGAUCCAGGAGUCAGCAGCUCGGAUCAAGGGGAGACAAGAAACCGACACUAUUGAAUUGCUGGAUGACAUUCGCUUCUACCUCAAUGAACGGUUUAGGCUGAGAUUCGAUGAUGCUGGAAUUGGCGAGAUGAUGGCAGAGGAGGUGCGGCAGAAGGCUGCUAUUGGUGCUGCGGACGAAGACCUGAUUAAGCUUGCUAAGGGGUUUGAGGGACUGGAUAUUCCCAGUAAGGACAGCGACGCACCUGCUGCAGAUACAGUGGACGGUGCAGCGCCUGGGAAGCCAAACCAGAAGGCUGAACGCGACCCUGCCAUCAAGACUUUGGAUGGUGCGGUCGCAGGUGACGAAUUUACGAAGGACGCCAUCAACUACGAGAUCUUGAUGGAGAAACUAGACCAUGUUUUGGAGGAACUGAACUUGGAAGCUUAGAUUUGGAUUGCAUAUAUAUAUAUAGAGUGGUCAGAUAUACGAAGAAUAUAUGAUGAUGAAUAAAAUGGAUGUCUCUGAAUUGAGUCUCCAGGCAGGAUAAACCAAUUCUCAAUGAUAUUUUACGGUGCUUGUAUACUUACAAGCCAUCAGAUAUAUAUCCACAGCAAGU